UCCUCCUCCGCGGCCGGGCAGGUGGAGCCUCCAGAGGGCCAGGCGCAACUUUUCUCCGGCGUCGCUGGCAACUUCGCGGCUGCUCCGGCGGUGCCUUCCUGAGGGAAGUUAAUCAUGGCCUCCGUCUGGGUUGGCAAUCGAGGAACAAUCCAGAAUGUUGGAGGCUUUAAUCCAUCCAGAGAUGCUGAGGCCAUUCGGAAAGCAAUCAGGGGAAUGGGAACGGAUGAGAAAACUCUAAUAGACAUCCUUCCGGGGAGGUUGAAUGCGCAGCGACAGAUGAUCGCGAAGGAGUACAAGGCGGCUUCAGGAAAGGAUCUGAAAGAUGCAUUGAAGGGUGAUCUGUCAGGCCAUUUGGAGCAUGUUAUGGUGGCUCUUGUAACUCCUCCGGCGGUUUUUGAUGCUAAACAGCUGAAGAAAUCCAUGAAAGGUUCUGGGACCGAUGAGAAGACGCUGAUCGAAAUCCUCGCUUCCAGGAAUAACAAGCAAAUGAAGGAAGUUGCCCAGGCAUAUUAUACAAUUUAUAAGAAGAGCCUUGGUGAUGACAUCAGCUCUGACACGUCUGGUAACUUCCGAAAAGCCCUGCUGACCCUGGCAGAUAGCAGGAGAAGUGAAAGCCCAAUUGUGGAUGCUCAUCUUGCCAAGAAUGACGCACAGAUCCUGUACAACGCGGGUGAGAAGAGAUGGGGCACCGAUGAAGACAAAUUCAUAGAGAUUCUGUGCUUUAGCAGCAUGCCGCAGCUCAGACAUACCUUUACUGAAUACCAAAACCUCUCCGGGAAGAAUAUAGAAGACAGUAUAAGGAGUGAGAUGUCGGGACACUUUGAGGAUCUGUUGUUGGCCAUUGUUAAAUGUGCAAACAACACUCCUGCGUUCUUCGCUGAAAGGCUGCGCGGGGCUUUGAAGGGGGCUGGGACAGAUGAAUUUACUCUGAACAGAGUCAUGGUGUCCAGGUCCGAAAUCGACCUCUUGGAUAUUCGAGCUGAAUAUAAAAAACUGUAUGGACAUUCCUUGUAUUCUGCUAUUAAAUCCGACACCUCUGGAGAUUACAGAACCACAUUGCUGAAGAUUUGUGGAGGAGAUGACUGAUGCAGGGAAACCUCGAGAGAAGUGCUGAGCCACCACGUGCACCCCCCCCCAUCCCCACUCUUCCCCACUGUUGUCCUGGCUCUCUGAAAUGUCUACGCAAGUGAAAAAUUGCCGACGCUCUUCCUGGGUUUGCUUUUUCAUUAGGCCUCGUAACAAACAGAUGCUUCUUGGAGCGCAGCCCUUCAAGCAAUCGAUGACGCUCGUUUCGCCACACACCAGGAGCUGGAGGAAAACCCACACUCGGAAUUUUAUAGGCCAUAUCUGCCUGUGCUGCAGAAAUUGCUGUCGUGUGUGAGGUUGCCAUCUGUUUGGAAGGAGUGAGAAAAUAUAAAGAAAUGGAAUCCUG